CAAGACAUGGCCAUGUUCUUGCUUGUCAGUUGUUUUGCCCUUGUGGCUUCUACAUUGGGGUGUGGGGUACCUGCUAUCAAGCCCCAAGUGAGCGGAUACAACAAGAUUGUAAAUGGGCAGAACGCUGUGUCUGGGUCCUGGCCUUGGCAGGUUUCACUUCAGGAUGGGAGAGGAUUCCACUUCUGUGGAGGAUCCCUGAUCAACCAGUACUGGGUUGUCACUGCUGCUCACUGUCGUGUGUCUGCUCAAACCCACCGUGUGAUCCUAGGAGAACAUGAUCGUCAGUCCAACAGUGAGCAAAUUCAGGUCAAGUCCAUUUACAGGGCCAUCACUCACCCCUACUACAACGCCCAGAACUUCAACAAUGACAUCACCCUUCUGAAGCUGUCCUCCCCAGUUCAGAUGACAUCCCGUGUGUCUCCUGUGUGCCUGGCCUCCUCCAGCACCAACAUCCCCGCUGGAACCAGAUGUGUCACCACUGGGUGGGGCAAGACCGGCCAAACCUCAACCCCCCGCUACCUCCAGCAGACUGCCCUGCCUCUGCUCAGCCCUGCUCAGUGCAAGCAGCACUGGGGUAACAAAAUCUCUGAAGCCAUGAUCUGUGCUGGUGCUUCUGGAGUGUCCUCCUGUCAGGGUGACUCUGGUGGCCCUCUGGUCUGUCAGAACAGUGGAGUGUGGUCCCUUGUGGGUAUUGUGUCCUGGGGAACACCUAACUGCAACGUGUACAGCCCUGCUGUGUAUUCACGUGUGUCCUACCUGCGCAGCUGGGUCGACCAGACUGUUGCUUCCAACUAAAGUGCAAACACAAAACAUUUGCAAUAUAAAUGCAUGUUUUCCCAUUUCCCAUGAUUCUAUACAGCACCAAUAUUAGCUGUUGAAUUGCAACC